AUGUCAUCAUUACUGGGUUCUACAGAAGACCUAUUCAUGGGGUGUCGCUAUCGGAUUGUGGCUCUUCGAGCUCCUGAUUCUCUGCCUUCCCAAUGGCAUCAUGGAUGUCACUUUUAAUCAGUAUAGUUACAAAUCUUUUCCAUAGUGUGGUCAUGUCAUAAAACCCACCUCAAAAGCUUUAAUAAUCUUGUAGACCCUGCUUAGAUUUAAGGCCAUUUUGGCGCUUAUUUUGUGACGGCCUACAGAUUUUGCUAUUUUAUAAGCAUUUGGGUUUUGUUUGUCCUUCGAUUUUAGGUCUGCCAUGGACGAUUACAGGCCUAGGAACCAUGGGGAUAGGCGUAUUGAGGUUGUAAAUGGGAAAGAGUAUAGCGCCAGGCAGUCACAGGUUAAUUCUUCUGUAUAUACCCAUAGCAACUCUUACUCUGAACCAGGUAAUAGCCAUGGCAACUUUGAAAGUGUUAAGACCUCAAAGAGCAAGUCUGCAAAGGCUUGGAGUCUCAGUGAUCCAGAAGUGAAGAGAAGGAAGAGGGUUGCUAGCUAUAAGGUUUAUACAGUGGAGGGCAAGAUGAAGGCCUCUUUUUUCAAGAGUUUUCGCUGGAUCAAGGACAAGUAUACAGAAAUAGUGCAGGGAUGGUGAAGAUAGGAGCAGCCUUUCUUGUAAAGUCAAUUCUUUUUAUGCUUUUUGUUUGAGCUUUGAAUUUCUAAGAAUGCACUUGUUGGAUUGUAUUUUUGCUUGCUCCAUAUGAUUUCUAUCAUGGGUUCUGCCAAUGCAGGGUGCUUGUUUUGUAUUAUACCCCAUGAAGUCUCUUGAAUGUUAUGUGCUAAAUGCUAUUUCUACUAGAAACAUAGACAUUAUGCUUCACGCCCAA